AUGGAUGCUUUACCAGGAUUUCGUUCGGGUGCUGAAGGACCCGAUGAACUGAAUAAUAUAAAGGUAUCCAUCGAGUUGAAAGAAGGAAAUGAAUGGAGGUUUGAAGUACCUUUCAAAUUGACUAUGAUAUUGAAAGUCACUCAAGGAAUUGGUGAAAUUUUUGGUACUGAAUUACCAACAAACUCAGAAUUAGAAUUGUCUGGAGUCAAAUAUUCAGUAUAUGCUCCUUUACCUGAAGGAUGUACCCUUGAAUAUUAUCUCAAGUUAAGUAAAGAAAACAGUAACACAUCAAAUGAAGGCUCAGAAAUAAGUGAAUAUAUCAGUGAAGAUAAUUGUAUGGCUCAAUAUAUGAACUUACAUUUUGCCUUAGAGCUGAAAAGACAAGAAAUAAGUGAUUUCAAUUAUCUUAAUCCCAACGAAACAAAGACUGGUCCUAAGAUUUUGAUCAUCGGUGGUAAAUAUUCUGGUAAAACAACCUUGUCUAAGAUAUUAUCAUCUUAUGCUUUUAAAAUGGAUAGACAACCAAUGUUAGUUAAUUUGAAUCCUCGUGAUGGGGUGUUUUCUAUACCUGGAUCAUUAACUUCAACACCUAUAAGUGAUAAUUUUGAUUUGGAAUCCAUUGGAGGUUAUGGAGGUACGGUCACAAGUGGUACAACCUAUCAUAAUCCAAAACAACCUAUAGUGAAGAAUUAUGGAUUUGAAGAUUUUAACACCAAUAUGGAUUUAUAUAAACACCAGAUUGAACUGUUAGGUGCCGUAACCAUAGAAAGAUUGAAAAAGGAUAUCACUAUUAAGAACAGUGGAUGUAUUAUCGAUACCCCACCUUUAACUAUGAAAAACUAUGACAUAAUUGAAACAAUCAUAUCAGAAUUCCAAGUGGAUUACAUAGUUGUUUUAGGGAAUGAAAAAUUGUUAGCUGACUUAAAACGAAAACUUAACCAUAAGAUCGUUUCCCAACAAUUAUUAAUAAUCAAAGUACCAAAAAGUGAAGGAGUAGUUGAAUUGGAAGAUACUUAUAUAAGAAAAUGUCAAGAAGAAUCCAUUAAAGAAUACUUCAAUGGGAAUUUCAGGAAUCCUUUAUCACCAUUCAAAACAGAGAUUACUUUAGAUGACUUCACUAUUUUCAAAGUGAUUGAAACAUCUGAAUUCAAUUCAAGUUUGAUGUUUGCUCCAGCAGGUGAUUCAUUCGAACCUGAUGCUACUGAUGAGAAUGAUGAGAAGAAGAAAGAAGAAGAGUACGACAAAUAUUUCAAGAAAAUUGAAGAUUUCUCCACCAAUAAUCUUGAAAACUUAAUCAUUGCCAUCACUCAUACACCUUUGAGUAAUAAAUCUUUAAAAGAUAUUUUGAAUUCCGAUGUUCAAGGAUAUAUUCAUGUAUCCAAAUUUGAAGAAUCAAAGAAUAAAUUGAAAGUAUUGUUGCCAGUUCCUGGGGCUUUCCCCAAAUGUAAUUUAAUUUCCACCAAUAUUGGUUAUACUGAAUAG